AGGAGCCGCGAGCGCCGCGGAGGAAGAGGACGGGGAGGAGGAGAAGAAGGUGGUGGCUGCGUCCCUGAGGGGCCGAGCUGAUCUCGAGGCAAGGGAGCGGAGGCCGUUUGGAGGUGCCCCGGAUCGGGACCCGCCACGGGGCGCAGGGCGCACGGGCCGAGAGCUGCGGGGCCGAGGUCUGCGGCUUGGUGCAUGAGGGGCCCGCAGCGGCGCGGCGGCGGUGGGGAUGGUUCGGGCCGCGGAGCCGGAGUGGCCUGGGUGCUGGUGAGGCGAGACAGUCUAUCAUGACUGUGUUCAGGCAGGAAAACGUGGACGACUACUACGACACCGGCGAGGAACUGGGCAGCGGACAGUUCGCGGUGGUGAAGAAAUGCCGUGAGAAAAGCACUGGUCUUCAGUAUGCGGCCAAGUUCAUCAAGAAAAGGAGGACCAAGUCCAGCCGACGGGGUGUGAGCCGUGAGGACAUCGAACGGGAAGUCAGCAUCCUGAAGGAGAUCCGCCACCCGAACGUCAUCACCCUGCAUGAGGUCUAUGAGAACAAGACCGAUGUCAUUCUGAUCCUGGAGCUUGUUGCAGGGGGUGAGCUGUUUGACUUCUUGGCUGAGAAAGAAUCCCUGACCGAAGAGGAAGCAACGGAAUUUCUCAAGCAGAUUCUCAGUGGUGUCUACUACCUACACUCGCUUCAGAUCGCCCACUUUGACCUGAAGCCGGAAAACAUAAUGCUUCUGGAUAGAAACGUCUCCAAGCCUCGGAUCAAGAUCAUCGACUUCGGCCUGGCCCAUAAAAUCGACUUUGGAAAUGAAUUCAAAAAUAUAUUCGGGACACCAGAGUUCGUGGCUCCAGAGAUUGUCAACUAUGAGCCCCUUGGUCUCGAGGCAGACAUGUGGAGCAUCGGGGUAAUAACCUACAUUCUCCUAAGUGGGGCCUCCCCAUUUCUUGGAGACACCAAGCAAGAAACAUUAGCGAACAUAUCUGCUGUCAACUACGAAUUUGAAGAGGAAUUCUUCCGUAAUACCAGUGCCCUUGCCAAAGAUUUCAUCAGGAGACUGCUGGUCAAGGAUCCAAAGAAAAGGAUGACAAUCCAGGACAGUUUGCAGCACCCCUGGAUUAAGCCUAAAGAUACACAACAAGCUCUUAGUCGAAAAGCCUCAGCAGUAAACAUGGAGAAAUUCAAGAAAUUUGCAGCUCGGAAGAAAUGGAAACAAUCUGUUCGCUUGAUAUCACUGUGCCAAAGAUUGUCCCGGUCAUUUUUGUCCAGAAGUAACAUGAGCGUGGCCAGAAGCGACGAUACUCUGGACGAGGAAGACUCCUUUGUGAUGAAAGCCAUCAUCCAUGCCAUCAAUGAUGACAACGUCCCAGGCUUGCAACACCUUCUGGGCUCGCUGUCCAGCUAUGACGUUAACCAGCCCAACAAGCACGGGACACCUCCGUUACUGAUUGCUGCCGGCUGUGGGAAUAUCCAGAUGCUUCAGUUACUCAUCAAACGAGGCUCAAGGAUCGAUGUCCAGGAUAAGGGAGGAUCCAAUGCCAUCUACUGGGCCUCUCGGCAUGGCCACGUGGAUACUCUGAAAUUUCUCAAUGAGAACAAAUGCCCUUUGGAUGUUAAAGACAAGUCUGGAGAGACAGCCCUUCAUGUGGCAGCCCGAUACGGACACGCGGAUGUGGUGCAGCUUCUCUGCAGCUUCGGUUCUAACCCUGACUUCCAGGACAAGGAAGAAGAAACCCCCCUACACUGCGCUGCCUGGCAUGGCUAUUACUCCGUGGCCAAAGCCCUCUGUGAAGUCGGGUGCAAUGUAAAUAUCAAGAACCGGGAGGGAGAGACCCCGCUGCUGACAGCUUCUGCCAGGGGCUAUCAUGAUAUUGUGGAGUGUCUGGUUGGACAUGGAGCUGACCUGAAUGCCUCUGACAAGGAUGGACACAUUGCCCUUCAUCUUGCGGUGAGGCGCUGUCAGAUGGAGGUCAUCAAGACCCUCCUUGGCCACGGGUGCUUCGUGGAUUUCCAAGACAGGCACGGCAACACGCCCCUGCACGUGGCCUGCAAAGACGGCAGCGCACCUAUCGUGAUGGCCCUCUGCGAAGCCAGCUGCAAUCUGGACAUCUCAAACAAGUAUGGACGUACUCCUCUCCACCUUGCAGCCAACAAUGGGAUCCUGGACGUGGUCCGCUACCUCUGCCUGAUGGGCGCCAACGUGGAGGCUCUGACCUCGGAUGGCAAGACGGCUGAAGACCUUGCCAGGUCGGAACAGCACGAGCAUGUGGCGGGGCUCUUGGCAAGACUACGGAAGGACACACACAGAGGACUCUUCAUCCAGCAGCUCCGACCCACGCAGAAUCUCCAGCCAAGAAUCAAGCUCAAACUGUUCGGCCACUCGGGCUCUGGGAAAUCCACGCUGGUGGAGUCUCUCAAGUGUGGGCUGCUGAGGAGUUUCUUCAGAAGGCGCAGGCCCAGGCUCUCCUCCAUGAACUCCACCCGCUUCCCUCCAUCGCCCCUGGCUGCUAAGCCAACAGUCUCGGUGAGCAUUAACAACCUGUACCCUGGCUGUGAGAACGUGAGCGUGAGGAGCCGCAGCAUGAUGUUUGAGCCGGGCCUCACCAAAGGGAUGCUGGAAGUGUUUGUGGCUCCGUCCCAUCACCUGCACUGCUCGGCCGAUGACCAGUCCACCAAGGCCAUCGACAUCCAGAACGCUUAUUUGAACGGAGUUGGUGAUUUCAGUGUAUGGGAGUUCUCUGGGAACCCCGUGUACUUUUGUUGCUAUGACUACUUCGCUGCCAACGAUCCCACAUCCAUCCAUGUCAUCGUUUUCAGUCUAGAAGAACCCUACGAGAUCCAACUGAACCAAGUGAUUUUCUGGCUCAGUUUCUUGAAGUCUCUGGUCCCAGUUGAAGAACCCAUAGCUUUUGGAGGCAAGCUGAAGAACCCACUCCGUGUUGUCCUGGUGGCCACACAUGCUGACAUCAUGAACAUCCCUCGGCCUGCUGGAGGCGAGUUUGGAUAUGAUAAGGAUAUAUCCUUGCUGAAAGAGAUCAGGAACAGGUUCGGGAAUGACCUCCAUGUCUCAAAUAAGCUGUUUGUGCUGGAUGCGGGUGCGUCUGGGUCUAAGGACAUCAAGGUUCUUCGGAAUCACCUGCAAGAAAUACGGAGUCAGAUUGUCUCAGGCUGCCCUCCCAUGACUCACCUGUGUGAGAAGAUCAUUUCAACGCUGCCCUCCUGGCGGAAACUCAACGGACCAAACCAGCUGAUGUCGCUGCAGCAGUUCGUGUACGACGUGCAGGACCAGCUGAACCCCCUGGCCUCUGAGGAUGACCUCAGGCGCAUCGCGCAGCAGCUGCACAGCACGGGCGAGAUCAACAUCAUGCAGAGUGAGACGGUCCAGGACGUGCUGCUGCUCGACCCUCGGUGGCUCUGUACCAACGUCCUGGGGAAGCUGCUCUCCGUAGAGACCCCGCGGGCCCUACACCAUUACCGGGGCCGUUAUACCACGGAGGACAUCCAACGCCUGGUCCCCGACAGUGAUGUGGAGGAGCUGCUACAGAUACUGGAUGCCAUGGACAUCUGUGCCCGGGACCUGAGUAGUGGGACUAUGGUGGAUGUUCCCGCUCUGAUCAAAACAGACAGCCUGCAGCGCUCCUGGGCGGAUGAGGAGGAUGAGGUGAUGGUGUACGGCGGGGUGCGCAUCGUCCCCGUGGAGCACCUCACUCCCUUCCCCUGUGGCAUCUUCCACAAGGUUCAGGUCAACCUGUGCCGGUGGGUCCACCAGCAGAGUGCCGAGGGUGACGCCGACAUCCGCCUGUGGGUGAGCGGCUGCAGGAUUGCCAACCGCGGCGCCGAGCUGUUGGUGCUGCUGGUCAACCACGGCCAGGGCAUCGAGGUUCAGGUGCGUGGGCUGGAGACGGAGAAGAUCAAGUGCUGCCUCCUGCUGGACUCGGUGUGCAGCACCAUCGAGAACGUCAUGGCCACCACCUUGCCAGGGUUGUUGACAGUAAAGCACUACCUGAGCCCCCAGCAGCUGCGCGAACACCAUGAGCCGGUCAUGGUCUACCAGCCCCGCGACUUCUUCCGCGCUCAGACCCUGAAGGAGAGCUCCCUUACCAACACCAUGGGAGGGUACAAGGAGAGCUUCAGCAGUAUCACCUGCUUCGGGUGUCACGAUGUCUACUCACAGGCCAGUCUCGGCAUGGACAUCCACGCGUCAGACCUGAGUCUGCUGACCCGGAGGAAACUCAGCCGUCUGCUUGACCCACCCGACCCCAUGGGGAAGGACUGGUGCCUUCUGGCCAUGAACCUGGGCCUCCCAGACAUGGUGGCCAAGCACAACAUCAGCACCAGGUCGCCUAGGGAUUUCCUUCCCAGCCCAGCGCAUGCCUUGCUGCAGGAAUGGACCUCCUACCCCGAGAGUACGGUCGGCAUCCUCAUAUCCAAACUCCGGGAGCUGGGGCGCCGAGACGCUGCCGACUUCUUACUGAAGGCCUCCUCCGUGUUCAAGAUCAACCUUGAUGGCAAUGGCCAGGAGGCCUACGCCUCAAGCUGUAACAGUGGCACCUCGUACAAUUCCAUUAGCUCGGUGGUGUCCCGGAGAGGCUCCCAUGCCUGGACCCCACUGUAUGAUUUAUAAACAGACAGUAUGUGAGUGCCUUUUGCAGAAGAGGGUGUGUUGAAAUCGUCUGAGUCAGCCCGGCGCUGUCACCAAGGAAAUGCUACCUCUCUGUCCCUUGCUGUGUGCUGAUCAUCGCCAGAGGUGCUUCACUCUGAGUUGUUGGUUUUGGUUUGGUAUUCUCCCCUCCCCCCCUUUUUUUUUCUAGGGAGGGGGCUCUGUGUUUCAUUUGGCAAGGAAAGAGGAAAAAGGAAUCCUCCCCCAUAGAGUGUUCAUGGCCAGUGUUGCUGUAAGAAGACAUCUUUUAAGUUGCUUUUGUUAAGACAUCCAUGUGAACAUACAUGUACAUGAAACCCACCGACCGUCAUGCCUCGCCGCUCCCUCCCAUCUCCGGUAGAAGGUUGACACGGUGUAGGGUUAUAGAGACCCGUGUUAAGAAUUCCGAAGACCCCAGCUCAUAAUCUGUGGCAGUCCGUUGUCGUUGGCGCAUAGCAGAUGGGUCCUAUGUUGAGAUCCUGGUAUGAUCACUUCCUGUACUUGAAGUCUGAAAGAGAAAGAAAAGAGAAGAAACAAGAUUUCUUGGGGUGAUUGAGAUUGUGAUCGAAUUCUAAAUCACUAUGAGGGACCAUGUUUUAAUUCUGUCCUGAGAAGCAUGUUACGUUACCUUAUCAUCUGUACAUAUAUAUAUGCACUAUGUAUAUACAUAUAUAUAUUAAUACUGGUAUUUUUACUUAAUCUAUAAGAUGUCGUAAAAGAAUUAAGUUUGUUUUUUUUCCUUUUGUUUUAUAAAUAAACU